CGCCCAACCCGUUGAAGCUUCUCUCAGGUUCACUCCCGACUCAAGCGACACCAUAAUCUCCAUCCCCUCCACGCACCCCAUUCCAAGUUUCCAACUGCUCGCGCUCCUCGAUCUCUCAUGGCGACAGCAACCACAAGUCGGCCCAGCGGCCCGGUGCUGUCCAUACCCAGCUACCGCUCCGCCUCGCCCACCCGCGUCAAGCUCGCCAGCGGCAGCGGCGCCACCCGCUCCCCGGGUAGGUCCGUCAGCGUCUCGUCCCCGUCUUCCUCCACCGGCGUUGCCGCCGCCAGGAGCCGGCGGUCGUGCAUGUGCUCCUCGACGAACCACCCGGGAUCGUUCCGGUGCAGCCUCCACAAGGAGCGCAAGCAUGCGGCCCCCGCCGGUAGCAGCAAGCCGGCUUCCCCUCCGUCCAUCCGCAGCGCCUGCAGUCUGGGCUCGAAGCGCAUGGACAGCGGGCAGUGUGCACGCAGGGCCCUCGCGCCGUCCCCCGCGGCGCAGCAGUCGCAGCACCGGAGGCGCGCGGGAGGCUUCCGCCCCAGGCCGAGCCGGCUCUCCGCCGUCUCCACGGCCGGCGAGCGCCCCAGCGACAACUACCAGUAAACAAAUCAACGUCGACAUGCCAGAGCAAGAUAGUUGUAGUACAUAGUACUGAUCUUGUGGAGAUAGAAUCGGUGGGGAUUAGACCCAAUCCGAUUCCGGACUGGUCUUUUACCUAGCCCGUAGGUGCAGAAAGAAAGUGGGCUCGUCCUCUGCUCACUGCGGUGUAAAACGAACGCCCUUGGUUUUGGAUAUAUAUGAGUCACAAAUUGGAGACA